AAUGUCAUCAACUUCUAACUGCUGCUAACCUCGACAUUUCUGUCAAAAUAAUUCAUCUUCUGUGGCACAACUAUUUUAUUAAGUAAUAAGUAUUUUAAUUAGUGAGUAAAGCGAGCAUUUGGGAGGCAGAAUGGCGGAGAAUACGAAUAAUCCGUACGAUAUCAAUGGACAGCAUUUUAAUUCGGAGAUGUAUCUCCAGAAAUUAACGAAGGAUUUUCGAUUGAAACAAAUAAUUGAUCAUGAGGAGGAGGUCAAGAGAAAUACCCAGAUUCUUCAUUCUGAAAUGCAGACACUGGUCUAUGAGAAUUAUAAUAAAUUCAUCGCUGCAACCGAUACGAUAAGAAAGAUGAAGAGUGACUUCAAAAAAAUGGAAGACAGUAUGGACUGUCUAGCCACUAACAUGGACAGCAUAACGUCAUUCUCGGAUAAAAUAUCAUCGACAUUGCAGGGCACACGACAGCAGAUAUCUCGUUUGUCGUCGAUUCACACUCAUCUCAAGAGACUACAGUUCUUGUUCAAAUUACCAGGGAAUUUGAAGGAGAGAAUGAACGAAGGGAAUUAUACACAAGCUGUCCAGGACUACAUCCACGCUCGCCGCGUCCUAAACCAAUACGGAAACAUGCCGUCAUUCCACGGAAUCCAGAAAGACUGCGAGGAGAUCGUCAACGAGUUGAAAACCCAACUGAGAAUGCAGUUCCACAAGCACGACGCCACGACGAAGACCCUAGCCGAGAGCGUGGACCUCCUCCUGCGUCUGAACGAGCCCGCAGAUUCCCUCUGCGAGGAGUUCCUGAACCACGCGGACACUCGCCUCUCCGAGCAGCUAGAAAUCCUCAAGGACAUGUGUGAAAACGACGUCAUCGAGUUCGUGGAUUCUGCGAGUUCAGGAUUUCUCAGCGAUCUGUCCCUAGUUGUGGCCUCGUACAACGACAUGUUCAUCAACAGACCCAUUCCCAGCCACCCCCACGACCUGGAGACCCCCGAUAACUUGGAGUUUGAGGCAAAUGUCACGAUUCGUCUUGACAAAUUCGUCUCCAAAAACAUGGACAAGUACUUUGAACUGACGAAAAAGAGAAUGGAAAAUGUCUCGGACACUGCAGUUCUCGUGCGAGCACUGGACAGAUUCCACAGGCGUCUCCAGGCGAUGAACAUCCUCUGCACAUCCACAGACUUCGGUAUCACUGGAACUGAAAUCGUGAAGAAUGCAGGGAGAAAGCAGUGCAGAAGUCAUUUGAAUUCUCUGAAACAGCAUCUGAAUGAGACUCUCGUCAAAGUUAGACAGACAUUAGCUACCAAGGUGACUUCGGACAACAGUGACGGGGGAUUGGCGGAACUCCAGGCCCACCUGGUGAUGCCCAUCAUCGAGAAAAUCAAGGGAGUCCUGCAGGAUCUGUCAGCCUUCCUCCAAUCGGAUUUAUCCUUUAAUUUGAAGGCCCAGUUUUUCGAGUCGUUCUGCGUUGAAGAGGUCCGUGAGGGCCUUCUCAUCGGCUUCCUGCACCACCUGACAGCGGUGGCAGCUGGCUUCUGCACGAGUUCCGAUGUUCCUAAAUACCCGCCCACAUUGCUCUUGCUCCUCAGCAAGAUGUGCAUCGAGUUCAAGGAGAGCAGCAUUCACUACCUCCUGGGGACAGUUGACGAGAUGUUCAGUAUUCAGGAUUUUUCAGCCUCCAUCCACGCUCUGACUUCUGAACAGGACAUUUUCGUGGAGUUCCAUCGAGCUGCCCAGGAUCUCCUCAAUCAUUACGUUCGUCUCCAGGGGCUCGCGGUCUCGCAGAUGCUCAGGAAAUCCGUGGAGACUCGAGACUGGCUCCAUACGAUCGAACCGAGAACUGUCAGGGCGGUUAUGAAGAGAGUCGUUGAAGAUGUUACGGCUAUUGACUCGCAAAUUGCUGCACUUUAUGAUGAUAACGAUGGGCAAGUCGAUAGGAGUAGUGAUAGCAGUAGAAAAACUCACAGUAUUAGUGUUUCAAGGCACCAGUAUCGCUCCAAUUGGUCAUCGUACAGUCAUCCGAGUCAUCUGGACUCAUCUCUGGUCACCAACAUUCACAAAUUAUUUUCGGAGAGAAUCGAAAUCUUCGCACCUGUGCAGUUCAACAAGGCCUCGAUUCUCACUGGAAUCAUAAAAAUUAGCCUCAAGACCUUUUUGGAGUGCGUGAGACUUCGGACAUUCAGCAAAUAUGGACUGCAGCAGAUUCAAGUGGACACACAUUAUCUGCAAUUGUAUCUGUGGCGUUUCGUCUCGGAUGAAAACUUGGUACACUUUCUUCUCGAUGAAAUAUUGGGAAGUGCUGUCCACAGAUGCCUGGAGCCAGUCCUCAUGGAACCCAGUGUGGUUGACAUUAUCUGUGAGAGAGGAUAAACGAGAUGAAGAUCAAUUCGUGAAUUUAUUCUCAUUCACACAAUAUGAAAUAAUGUACAAUAGUUCAAAUAAAGGUUCAAGAAUUAUAUUUUUC